AGCUGACAGGCUGACAGCUGUCGAUUCAAGAAUCAAGAAUAAAGCAUUGUUUUAUAUUGAGGUUAACGAAUUUUAGUAAAAUUAUAUGAUUUAAGAACUACAUAGUUUUCAGUUUAUAAAUUCAGUUAGGUUUCUUUUUCAAUAUUUAAAGCAUUUCAUGUAAUUAUCUCAAUAAUAUGGCGUUGGCUUAUGGUAUACAUUUAGGAAAUAUUUCCGGGUGUUUAGCGGCCUUCAAUAAUGGCACCUCUUCUGUUCUUGCUAAUGAUGCUGGAGAUAGAGUUACACCAGCAAUUGUAGCUCUUAAUGGUUCAGAAUGGGAGGUAGGAUUACCGGCGAUAUCAGGACAGGCAUCUUCAAAAUCGAUCAUCAAACAUAACAAAAGGCUUAUGAACUGUGAUUGGGUUGAAGAAGAUUUAACGUUUGUUGAAUCUUCAUCGUCAUGUCGUAUACAAAAUGAGGACAAGUUAGUCUAUGAAUUUGAAACAAGUGAAACUAAAUUAUUUUCCAACCCAGAUAAUAUAGCAACAAAGAUAUAUGCAAAACUUUUUACAAUCGCUAGUCAUUCCGUAAAAGAUGAAGGAGAUUUGAAAUUAGUGCUUGCUGCCCCACUACACUGGUCUCAGGCCAGCCGAGAAAGAUUGACGAAAUGCGCAGAAUUAGCAGGUUUUGAUGUCUUACAAGUUAUAAGCGAACCAGCUGCUGCACUCUUAGCUUACAAUAUUGAAGAGAGCCCUGAAGAUGUGAAUGUGCUUGUUUAUAGACUGGGGGGUUCUACAUGUGCAGCAUCAGUCAUCAAAGUAUCAGGAGGUUUCAUUAGUAUAGAGAAAAAUAUAUUUAGAUCAGAUCUCGGUGGACAAAGUUUGACAAAAGACUUGGCAGACUAUAUAGCUCAAGAAUUUAGACAAAAAUGGAAAUUGGACCCACAGGAAAGCCGUAGAGCCAUGGCAAAACUAUUAACUCAUGCUGACAAUUGCAAGCAUGUGCUCUCUACAUUAAAUUCAGCACAUGUUUUCAUUGAGUCAUUGGUAGAAGGUGUUGAUUGUAGCCAGAAUGUUACAAGGGCUAGAUUUGAGAAUAUAUUAUCCUCAAAGAUAUCUGCAUAUAUUGAGCCAGUACAAAAGGUUAUAGAGAGUUUUGACGGAACAAUAAGUAAAAUUGUAUUAUGCGGUGGAAGUAUGAAGAUUCCCAAGCUUCAGUCUGCAAUCGCCAAUUUGUUGCCAAAUGCUGAGGUUUUAUCUGGUAUCAACCCUGAUGAAGUAAUAGCUGUGGGCUGUGCAAAGCAUGCUGGCAUUAUAUUGGACUUUCCAAAUUCAUCGCUAACUGACGUCAAUACUGAGGUAGAAUUUUUGGGAAAAGACAUAUAUCUUAAAUAUUUAAAUCAAACUGUUAAAUUAUUUAAAGAAGGCACAGCACCAUUUACUCAAUAUUCAUGUGAUAUAGAUUCAAGUAAUGAUGUAAAAAAUAUGAGUUUUACACUACACGCUGAUCCUGAUGGUGAGGAAUUUGCAAGGGAAGAAUUUAAUAUAGAAAAUUUAAAUAAGCCUUUUAAAUUGAAGGCUUCAUUACGAGAAUCAAAACUCAUGUUACAAGUUGAAUAAUUUUUGUAUUUAAAAUAAAUUUACUUGUAAAAAAACUA